UCCUCUGAUUUGCAAAGCAUGUGUGUUACCUCCUUGUGGACGCGCAUGAUUUGAGGGUCCGUCGUUUCCUUAGUCACGACGUCGGGGACGCUGAGCGCGCGUCGCGUCAACAGCUGAUCUCACAACAUGGCGACUGCACCUGCGUGAUCUCGGAUAGAACGAAAACAUUACAGGAUAUAAGGGGUACCGAGAAACGCGCUUAAUACGUGACUGAGAUUAUUAAUUAAAAAAAAAAAAUAAUAAUAAUAAUACUAUUAAUAAGCCAGCGCCGGAAUGUUGACGGAGGAGGCGGCGGCGGCCUCGGACAGCGAGGCUGCGGUGGCCGGUGCCGGGGAGCGCUGGGCUCCGGUCGGUGCUGUCGCUAACCCCGAGGACGAGCGCGGAGGUCAGAGCCCGGCCGCGGAGGAAGCGCAGAUGGCCACGCGACUGCGGCGGCUCGAGGAAGAGCACGGGCAGCUGCACUCGUCCCUGCUCGCGCUCACGUCGCACUUCGCGCAGGUGCAGUUCCGCCUGAAGCAGAUCGUCCACGGGCAGGGCGAGGAGCAGGACAGGGACAGCAUGCUGCGCGAGCUCGAGGAGUUCGCCUUCAGAGGGUGUCCUCACGUCCUGGGCUGCCGAGCGCAGCACGCGCUCCACAACUCGAGCGAGAGGGAAAAGAUGGAGCGUCUGGAGGCUCAGCGAGAGAAGCAGAAGGAGCUGAUUAUCCAGCUGAAGACGCAGCUGGACGAUUUGGAGCGUUUCGCCUACCAGGAGGGCAGCUACGACUCGCUUCCCCAGUCUGUUGUCAUGGAGAGGCAGAGGGUGAUCAUCGACGAGCUGAUCAAGAAGCUGGACGUGAACCUGAACGAGGACAUCGGGAACCUGACGCCGGAGGAGCUGAGACAGCGCGUAGACACCGCCAUCGCGCAGAUUGUCAACCCCGUGCGUGUCAAGGAGCAGCUGGUGGAGCAGCUCAAAACCCAGAUCAGAGAUUUGGAGAUGUUUAUUAACUUCAUACAAGAUGAGGUGGGGAACCCGCUGCUGUCCGACAAAGGAAGUGGUCAGGAGAGUCGAUCCGCCGGACCUAAACCUCGAGGACAUGGCGGCGUGAAGCAAGUGGACUCGGAGCGGGCGGAGCAGCUGAGAGCCAACGGGCUGCGUCUAGUCCAGCGCGCUUUAGCCGUGCUGCAGAUUUUCGCUCUGAGCCAGCUAGGCUGUUCUGCAAGCACCAUGGCCUCGAAGGCAUGGCCCCCUGCCGACGGAGCUCCCGACUACGGCCCCCUGCUGAACAACCUCGAGGGCGCCGUUGAGCGUGUACGCCUGCUCGCCUCCCGCCUCCAACCCGCAGGUCAGGACGAGCCCGUAGUGAGCUACGCAUCCUCGGCAACGCCCCCAGCCGCCCCUUCAGGACCUCGACACGAGCUCAUCGUCGUCGUCAGGAAAGACCUCUCCCUGGCGUUGCGAGACCUCUUCGCUCACGGCCUCUACGCCCCCUCCGAAGGCAUGAGCCUGGUCCUGGCACCCAUUUCCUGCCUCCUGCCGUUCUCCGGAUCCUCGCAGCAGGACUCGCUGCACCCCUGGGAUCUAUUCGUUAAAUAUUAUCACGCUAAAAACGGCCCCGCUUUCGCGGAAUCGCCAGCUCGGCAGCUCUCGCAGUCCUUCAGCCUGCCUGUAGGAGGCACCUCGGCGGUCGUGACGCCGAAAAACUCGCUCCUGUGGGCCGUGCAUAGCGUCCUGAAGGAGCACGGGCGAUACAAGCGCAGCGCGGACUCCGAGUUCAAGGCGCUGGUAUGUAUGGCACUGAACGAGCAGAGGCUAGUGUCGUGGGUCAACCUGCUGUGCAAAGCGGGGACUCUGAUACACACUCACUACCAGCCCUGGAGCUACAUGGCGCAGACAGGCUUUGAGGGGGCGCUAAGGAUUCUGGGACGUCUCAGCCACCUGAAAUUCGACCUGCCCGUUGAUCUGGCAGUGCGACAACUCAAAAACAUCCAGGACGCCUUCUGACUCCGGCGGAACAGGACCGGGUCUGGUUGUCUGAUCUUGAAAACUGAGGACCGUCUGUGUUUCAUCAGCACCCUGGGGUUUUAGUCUUAAUCAUUUCAAGAUUAUAAUGAAAGGAGCAGUUUGUGAUUUUUAUAAGUGUUUAAGACUUACCCGUGAGGCAUAUUGCUGUUUCAUACGAGGGGGCGGAGUCUGUUCUUAAAUAAGAAAUUCCUAUUGUAUUACAAACUGCUCCUUUACAUUUUUUUUAGGUAUACGAAAGAUUGUAACAUGAUGAAAAUCUGUGAUCUAGAGGUUUUUAGUUUGGACCUGCGUGUAUGUUUGUGGUCCGACACGAGGGUGAGUCAAAAAUGAUCCGCAAUCUGGCUGUACAUAACUUUUAGAAAAGACCAAUACAUCAUUUUCAUUUUCAACAUGAUCUCUUUGCAUUUUUGAUACAUUUUGUCCGUCUUUUGACAAGAUUUCAAUUUUCAUUAAAAAAAUAUUUACGGCUGAGCUGCGAGUCACGAAUGCGCCUCCGUCUUUACUUCCUCAUCAGAAGUGACUCUUCGUCCUCGUAGUUCUGCUUUCAGGGGACCGAACAGGUGAAAGUCUGAUGGAGUGAGAUCAGGACUAAAGUGAGGACGCUUUAACUCCUCAGAAUGUCGACAGCCAUGACCGGGGGUGACAGGAGCCUCGAAAGGACAGCGCUGAUGAGACGUGCAGGCGAGAGAAGCUGUAAUAUACCCCGAGUGCGGAUCAUUUUUCACUCACCCUCGUUUUAAUAAACUGCACUACAUUUCAGAAUGUCUCGUGAGUGCCUUUAAUAUAUUGUCCCUACACUACAGGUUUUUAUUUUGUGUGCAAUAGAGAGGAUAUUUUUUUACAUGCGCGAGGAGCAGAACCGAGUACGAAGCUGCCCCGUGAACUUUGUGCUUCAGGGUUUGGGUUUCUUAGAGCUGGUGCUGGUUGUUCUACGGAGAGCAUGUUCUUCUUCUCGCUAAUCGGUUCUUAAACGCUGUGUGUGAUGGAAAAUACGCAGAUAGACUCUACUCUUGUGGGCGUGUACUGACCACUUCUGCUGUGUUCGUUGUGGGCGUGGCCAUCUUUUGACCUGCCUUCCUAGUUUCAUUUUUUUUCUUUAUAUGUAUACACUAUAUAAAAACAUCAAGUAUGUGUGUCUGUGUGUAUUUGACGAAGAAACGGUGAAUCAUUUGUUUGCUUCGUUAUGAAACUCGAACCUGCUUACUCGUUUAUGUUCAAUACCAAGAUCAGUCCGAACGUUGGACUAAACACUUAACUCUAGCAAACGAGGAAACACACCAAGUACGGGGACCAAACGCACAGACACACGCACGCACACAGACCCGAGGUACAAAUGCUAAUCACUACGUCACCCCGCCGCCUCGAGUUUGUGUUUUCUUAUUCUUCUAUUUAAAUAGGACUACAGAAAGAUUAUGGAGCUUUAUUUAUAAUAAUACUGUGGUAUUGUUGUAGAGCAGGUAGUGUGUGUGUGUGUGUGUGUGUGUGUGUGUACUUUAUCGGGCUGGAACAGUGUAAAUGCUAAGCUGCCAUUUGAACCAGGGGCACGCGCUGCAUGUCAACGUUACGUUACAGAGGAACAGAACUUUAUGGCUGAGUGAGAUGAUGGAGUUACUUCAGGCAGAGUGUGUGUGUGUGUGUGUGUGUGUGUGUGAGUGUAAGAGAGAGAGGGGCGGGGCGGCGUCUCUUUAAUGCUGGUUUGUUCUGGUAUAUACUGAAUAGAGCUCUGAGGAGCAGCAGAGCUUUACAGUUUUGACGUGAUCAAAAACAUCUUCCAACUUCUCUGUGUCUGGGUGUGUGUAUGUUUGGGUGUGUCUGUCUAAAUGUAAUGUCUGUGUGUGUGACUGUGUCUGCCCGUGUGUGUGUGAUCUGAUAAUUUGCUGCUACUGAACGUCCUUCUCAGCAGGUUGAUCUGAUCAGCUCCAUAUAAACCUGUUAGUGUGUAAUCUGUUGUGUGAGCGGGUGUGUGUUGUGUACACUGUUUUUGUGUGUACAGUAAGUGUGUGUGUGUGUUUAUCCUAACAUUUCAGACUUGAGCUGUACUCAGUCGACUCUCCUGCUGUGGUCUCGUUCCCCUUCCUGUUUUUGUUCCCCUCUGGUCUCGAUAAAGUUUUUUCCGUCAGGUUCUAAUGAGGAUCAGUGGGCGUGGCUCUCACACACCAGGGUCUAUUUAUUCCGAUUGCGUUGUGAUUCUUUUCCCCACCGACUGCACACCGCACGACAUUCCCUCCUUGUUUUUCCCGCCUUUUUGUUUUUUUCUUCAUGUCUCUUGGGUUUACGUGCUGAUUUAAAAAUGAUUUCCAAAAUGUAACUUACCCUUACAUAUAAUUUUCUUUAGGAGUACUCUUAUUCAUUAUUUUUAUUUUAUUUGUUUUAUCUUAUCUUGUGUUUCUGUGUGUGUGUAAAAAAAUUGUGUAUAGUACUUGAAAUUUGAUUCAGGUUGAUUCAGUAUUUGCUGUAUUAAUAAAAAAAAUCAUGAAGGGGCUCAUGGUGAGA